GCGGUGUGGUGAUUUUAGUGAUUUCUAAACUAAAAGUGAGCAAGUAAAAACGUGAUAAAAUCAGAUUUAAGCAAUAAGAUAAAUUGCAAAAUAAAAAUCAAUAAUACAGCUAUAUAUGUAUAACAAAAUAAAAAUUACGGUUAAGGAAAAAGUACAUUGUGCUGUGCAUGUACAUACAUAUGUGUCGUAUAUUUGUAAAAUUAUGUGCCCUUGUGCAUAAAUAUUAUUGUUCGAAAAAUAUAUGUAAAAUAGCGUAUAUGUAUGUUUGAACUUAAGUUUGGAGAUUUAUUUAUGCAUCGAAGUUUCAUAAUUUAAAAAACUCGUAAAACCAUCAGCAUUGCAUAGUCAAAGAGUGGAAAAAACCUUGAUUAAUUUCAAUUAAACAACCAAUAAACCUAAAUACACUCGCCUUUAAUCAUCAUCGUUGCAGUGUAGCCUUAAAAUUUUUGAAGUCAAUUAGCGCGCACCGCCGCACAUACAUACGUACAUAAAUAUAUCAAUCAAAAAUUGCCGCCAAUCGUGUCACAAAAAGCCGUGUUCAUUCGUGGAGGGCAAAAUUUCCCAUUUCAGCUAUCGCUAAACCAUGCAAACUGCUGUCGACUGCAAUGGCAGCAACGGCAGCAAUAACAAAAACAGCAACGCCACAACAACCACCACAAUCAUGGAGAGCAGCAAUGUCAGCGUUGAUGCCUGCAGUGAACUCCUGUCACACGAUGUAACACCGUCACGUUCAACGCCAGCCGUUCUGUUAACGCCGGUAGCAAUGCUGGAACAGACGAGCGUGCUGCGCCAUCGCUUGCAAGUGGGUGUCGGUGUCGGCCACAGCAUCGGCACCUCGGCCAUGAAUUACGGCUGCCCGGCCACUGUGGGCGCGACAACAGCACACAAAGUGAGCACAGCAGCCACUACACUCAUCGACAUGGCCGAAUACAUGGGUAGCAAUGUUGAGUGUAUGUCCGUGACACCAUCACCUUCGCCACAAGCGUCACCAUCUAAGAAAGCAAAACAGAACUGUGCCGACACUUCUACGACGUCAACUGCAAAGCCAAACGUCUCGUACGCCGCAAUAAACGCUGACGCUGCGGCGGCGGCGUCUAGUCAGGCGUCUAGUCAGUGUUCUACUUCCAGCAGCAAUUCGAGUUCAAAUUCCUCUACAUCAUCUGUGAUCGCAUCACCAAUUAGCAUUAAGCGAGAUGUGGCGCGUCGACGAGCGCUAGCAGGAGAAGUGGGUGACGGUGACGUUGGCGUUGGCGUUGGCGUAGUCAUUGGCAGUGGCAGCAACGCUGAUGCUGCACACGUUACAGCAGGUGAUAUACUAGAUUUAAGUGGCAAAGAUUGUGCCGAACGACGCGAUGCACUAGCAACCAGAGGGCUUCCACUUCAUGCCGCAUACGAAGAACACGUGACGUUCUUCACACCAACGACACCAAUGUCGCUGCCAUCACUAUCGUCUUCAAUGAGUUCAUUGUCACCUUGUACGAAUUCGUCGAAUGCAUCGACGCCUGCAACUUCGUCGUCGUUAAGUUCGACGGCGUUGUCGUUACGUUCGACGGCGUUGACGCCGGGAACAAAUUCAUCGAAAUCAUCGCCAUCGCACUCAACAACGAAAUCACCCGCGUUCACUUCCGCUAUACAGCUGCAGCAUUGGGAGGAUAUGCCGAAAUAUUUACAGUUCAACCCGUAUGUGCUCAACGGUUACCGUCCAUUGACAACAUUCAGAGGCUGCCUGCUAAGCUUGUUCUAUUGGCACAACGAAACGGUCAACAUACUGACGCAUGCCAUACCAAUUUUCUACAUUCUGGCCAUUGUGCCUGGUCUCAUGCCAUGGGAGCAAGAAUAUCGUUUCUUAUCGUUUUGCCACCUUGCCGGUUCGGUGGCGCCAUGGUGCGGCAGUUUUUUCUAUCAUCUCUUCAUGAAUAUUGACCGAGGCGAACAUGUUUACUACAGGUUGCUGAAAUUGGAUAUGGUCGGCAUAUGGGUUAGUCAAAGUUUUGGUGCUUUGCCGCUAGUCACAGCUACGACGUUUUGCUUUAACUUUACAUUGAAAUGGUUCAUCAUAAUAUCGUACUGCUUGCUAUCUCUUUGGGGACUUUAUAAAGCCCUAACUGCAAGUUCACCUUGGCAACGGCGUCUUUGCUUCGCUCUACCCUUCACUAUGCGUUCAAUAUUGACGUUAUUUCGCACAAUAGGUGUAUGGGUUGGUGGAAGUCGGUUAGCGCUUUCGCACGUUUAUCUGCAGUUAGAAGCAGAUGGCGUUUCAAUAUUGGGUGGCGCUAUAGGCGCAAUGCGAAUACCAGAAAAAUGGUUUCCAGGCGUUGUGGAUUUCUAUUUAAAUUCGCAUAACAUUAUGCACGUGCUGGUGGUGGUUGCGGUGUAUUCAAUGCAUAAGGCAACUAUAAAAGACUUUGAGUGGAUGUCGGCAACGAAAUGUGAUGCUGCUGUUGCAAAUGACACCGGCGUAGCAAUAGAUACUACUUUUACCUCAAAUGUGGAACUAUGACCUCUUAACAUUCGAAAAAAAGUAUUAUGUAGAAAAUUAUCAGAUUAUAGUUAUGUAUGUAUUUCAGUGCAACUAUGUACAUAUAUGUAUAUAUACAUAUUGAAUUGUUAAAUUUAGAAUGCCCAAAAAUAAGAAAUAGGCAAAUUUUAAAAGAUAAGUAUU